GCGAUGGGGAGUGGGAAGAAGAGGGCGGCGCUUGCGUCCCUGUUCGGGUUCAAGAACAAGAGACAGGAGGAGGAAGAGGCCGCGGCCGCGGCCGCGAGGCGGCAGCAGCAGCAUGCGGCGGCAGCGCCGCAGCAGAGGUACCAGCAUCACAGGCUGCGGCCGAGCGACGACGACGACUACGCCCGGCACUGGUACGCCGAACGCGACAUCGACCGGAAGGCCUCCGAGUUCAUCGACAAGGUCCACCGCCGGAUGCUCGCCAACGAGCAGGACGGAUAGCCACCAGCCGGGCCGCGGGUGUCGUAUAUAUAUACGUACCAGCAUGCCGAUGGAUCUAGCUAGGU